AUGGCGCAGAGGAAAACACCUACAUGGCUGGUAGUGAUCUAUGUGGCUGGGAUGCUGCUGACGGGUACAGUGAACACCUUGGCCACAAAGGUCCAGUUUGGCUUGACAAGCAUCGGCCUUGACGGCACGCCAGAGGUCUUCCACAAGCCGUGGUUUGGAACCUUCAACAUGCUUUUUGCUAUGUCGCUUGUCAUGGCGGUGGAGCGGCUCGGAACCAGCUUGGCUGCGGCCUGCGUUCGUCCUCGCAUGAAGAUGGAGGAUGCACUCCUGCCAAAAUCAGUCGGAUCGGAUGCAGACAGACGGAAGAAGAUUCUGCUGGUGGCUGUCCCUGCUUUCAGUGAUUUGCUGGCGACAGUUCUGGCCUGCAUCGGGAUCAUGUACAUCCCAGCCAGCGUGUGGCAAAUGCUCAGGGGUGCAACCUUAUUUUUUACGGGCAUCUUUUCCGUCACGCUGUUGAAGCACAAGCUCUAUGUUUUCAACUGGAUCGGUCUUCUGCUUUGCAUCACAGGUGUCGUGACAGUCGGCUAUGCCAGCGUGGAGGGCGAAAAGAGUGGACCAGGGGCACAAGACACAUCAUCUGUGGCAUUUGGAGUUACAUUGACACUGCUCGGACAAGUGGUCCAAGCUGCCCAGGUCAUUGCGGAGGAGUACCUCAUGAAGGAUGUGGACCUUCCGGCAGUAGAGAUUAUUGGCUACGAGGGCCUAUGGGGUGUGCUGAUGAUGGUCGUGGUGGUGUACCCAACGCUCUGGUUCUUGCCUGGUCCAGACCAUGGGCACGCCGAGGACAUUGUGGAUACGCUUACUCUAGUCAAAAACAGUCAAGCACUACUGUGUGUCGUGAUGAUCUAUUUGGUUUCCUGCGGCGCCUUCAACAUCACCGGAAUUGCAGUGACCGGGGCUCUAUCAGCCGUGCACCGAAUGAUGCUGGAUGCUUCCAG